AUGGGACUGGAAGGAUGCAGGUUGACUGCUCUGGAAUCCUGGAGUCGGAGCAGUUUUUUCCAAUACCGCUUCCCAGGCUCCCUGGGCCGCAAUCAGAAGAAGUCUUGUUUGAGGCUCGUUAUAGGAGGGAUAUUACAGACCUCCGGGCCACUAAAUGCUCUACGCGGUCGUGAAUCCCGAACUCGUGAGAACAGAACUCAAAAGAAGCGGGCAGACGAAAAUACAGCCGCUGUAGAAAUUAACCUUUUUGCUCUCAAAAGGCAGAGAGGAAGAACCUUAUGA